AAACCAAAAAGUCCGCGCCAUUUUGUUUGUUUUUAGUGGGAGGAGGAGAAGGGGUGGAAAAAAGUAAACUACGGCCGCCCAAAACAACUACAAUUGGUGCGUAAUUGGCUGGUGUCCCCCCCUCACCCAUUGGUGAGAAGGUGCUGGGACAAUGUUUUACGCCCACUUUGUCCUCAGCAAACGUGGGCCGCUGGCCAAGAUCUGGCUAGCGGCCCACUGGGAUAAGAAGCUCACCAAGGCUCAUGUGUUUGAAUGCAACCUGGAGAGCAGUGUGGAGAGCAUCAUCUGCCCCAAGGUGAAAAUGGCCCUGCGUACGUCAGGUCAUCUACUCCUGGGGGUGGUGAGGAUCUACAACAGGAAAGCCAAGUACUUGUUGGCUGACUGUAAUGAGGCAUUCAUCAAGAUCAAGAUGGCCUUCAGACCAGGUGUGGUGGAUCUGCCAGAGGAGAACAGAGAAGCUGCCUACAACGCCAUCACCAUGCCAGAAGAGUUCCACGACUUCGACCAGCCACUACCAGACCUAGACGACAUCGAUGUAACCAAGCAGUUCACAUUGAACCAGAGUCGAGUGGAAGAGAUCACCAUGAGGGAGGAGGUGGGCAACCUGAGCUUGUUGCAGGAGAAUGACUUCGCUGACUUUGGGAUGGACGACCGGGAGAUGAUGCGGGAGGAGAGUGCCUUCGAGGUGGACAUCAUCCACGUGGCGUCAGCCUCUAACCUGCUCCUAGACCCAGAGACCUCGGGGGCCCCUGUCCCAGACAAGUCCAACCACCUGGAAUACGACGACCAGUACAAAGAUGACUUCGGAGAGGACCCCAUGGCUGACAGCGAGGGAGGCAUGCUGGUUGACAAGCUCCUCAGUAACGAGGAUGGGGGUGGCAUUUUCGACGACCCUCCUGCCAUCACCGAGAGUGUGCUGAGACUGCAGGACCACGAUGACGAAGACGACUUUGAUGCCCUCUCACCGGGAGGUCCAGACAGCCCAGACUCAGACCCAGCGGAGCCCCUGCCCACCAUGCAGGACCAGACGGAGCAGACCACGCUGGUACACAACGAAGAGGAGGCCUUCGCUCUGGAGCCCAUCGACAUCACAGUGAAGGAAACCAAAGCCAAGAGGAAGAGGAAGCUAAUUGUGGACAACCUGAAGGAGCUGGACAGCAAGACCAUCCGUGCCCAGCUCAGCGACUACUCUGACAUCGUCACCACGCUGGACCUUGCGCCGCCCACAAAGAAGCUGAUGAUGUGGAAAGAGACGGGAGGUGUGGAGAAGCUCUUCUCCCUGCCAGCACAGCCCCUCUGGAACGGCAGGCUUCUCAAGAUGUUCACCCGCACCCUGACCCCCCUGGUGCCAGACGAAAUGAGGAAGAGGAGGAAGGGAGGUGAGGCAGACAGCCUGGAUGAGUUCCUAAAGGACCUGGAGAACCCUGAGGUGCCCAGAGAGGAGGCCAUGCAGAGGGACAUCAUCGACCAGACAAUCCUGGAGGAGCCCAGUGUACUGCAGGCAUCAGCCAUGGAGGGCAGCAGGACCACCCUGGACGAGUCAGUCAUGCCCCCACCCUCAUCCACGCACGGCCAGAAACGCAAGGCCCAGGACACAGAGCCAGCCUUGCCCAUGGGUACUCUGGAACAGGCCGCCAACCAUUCAGGUGUGUCCCAGCAGUUGGACAUGACGUUGGCGCUGCCCCCCGAGGACAGCACCAACCUCAGCCAGUUCCCUGAGCUCGACCUGAUAGAGGAGAAGAAGGACAAGAAGGACGGCGAGGACGACUCAGACGAGGAUGAGGAGGGUCAGGCUGGAGACCAGGACCGAGAGGAGAAGAGAUGGAACAAGAGAACCCAGCAGAUGCUCCACGGCCUGCAGAGGGUGAUGGCCAAGACGGGGGCCCAGCAAAUUAGCCUGCUGGAUCUGUGCAGGAACAACAACAAGAAGCAGGCCGCCGCCAAGUUCUACAGUUUCCUGGUUCUGAAAAAGCAGCAGGCGGUGGAGCUCAACCAGACAGAGCCCUACAGCGACAUCAUCGCCACCCCUGGAGCCCGCUUUCACCUCAUCUAGAGACUCAACACUGGCUGAUAUAUUAUUUUUUUUUAUGUGUUUUUGUUUUCUCUGUCCUUGUGCCUUUUUUUUUUAUAUAUAUAUAUAUACCUAUGUGCUUUUGUCUUUCUUGAGAUAAAAAUGUUUUUUUGUUUUUUUAAAGGUCAAGUGGCGAUUGGUGGGGGGUGAAAUCUCUGAAUGUCAUGAUUGGCGGGAAUAUCGUAUUCCGUCUUUUGGGCUUUUGUUAUCCAAUGAAAGCGCUUUGUGUUUAGCUAGAAUGUGAGUGAUAAUCCAAUCAUGUUGCGUUCCAAGGUUCUAUUUCCCUCCCAUUAAAAAAUAGUUAUCAUGUUUUCUACCCUUUAGCCAAAAGGAGCAUGUAGUAUUGAGCAAGUUUCUGAAACACUCAACUGAAUAGUAUACACCAACAAUCUUAUCUUGAAGACCAACAGUAUCUUAGUAGCUUCAAGCGUUCCAAUGGGUUAGUUCUUAAUUCUGCAUUUACAAGUGCUUAAGUCCCUGAUUGUACUUAAUUUUUUCAUAGCUGCAGGUAUUUAGAAUAGGUCUCCAUUGUUGUGGGGAUUUGAGGAUCAUGUAGGUUUAAAAAAAAAAAAAAAAAAAAUAGAAACUGUACCCUCAUUGCCUUCUCCAUUUUUUUUAUUCCAAGUAAUUGCUCCUGAUAUUGCAUUUUUAUGGUAUUACUUGAAUCAUUCCCUUUAAGUCACAUACUAUGACAAUGAAAAUACUCGUAUCAACUAUCUAUUGCAGAUCUUAAUGUUUUGUUCAGAAUGAGACUUAGUUAAGCCUGCAUUUUUCGCAUCAGAUAUUUUAAACUAUAGUUUUCAACAAAAUCUCUACAUUUCAAGUCACCUGUGUGUGUCUGGAAAUUUCAUUUCAUUAAUCAACUCUGAUGCAGCUGAAUGUUAAGUAAUCUCUGGCAUAUAGAGAAACUUUAAUUUGGUAUUUAUUAAUAAUCUAAAACAGACAGUUUUGAUGCAAUGAUAACUACUGGGAAACAUCACAUGGCAAGUCUUAAUUUAAUUAUGUUAAUAUGUGCGUAGGUGUUUGUACUAAACUCAUUGCGAUAGUCAUUCUUCGAUAGCUUGAAUACGAUAUUGCUCAUCUUAUGGUUCAUCGCUGCAGAGCACAAUUUAUAAUAAUUCUGACCAUCCUUUACAAUGACAACGAAUGCAUUGUUUUGAUAUCCACAAACUUCUGAAAUUGUAUAUCAUGUAAUGGUUCAGUGCAUCCCUUCUUUUGAACUAUGUGCCGGUAAACUUGCAUUCUCCUUUCUGUAUAAAACCCAAAACGACACAUCUUGUAGAUACUGUUGCUGAAGUGUAUUCUUACACAUCAAUAAUUGUAUUAUGAUGCCAUGCCUGUAGUCCUGAGCCCAAGCAACUUGUUACUUUUCUAAUAAAAUGAAUACUGUUUCAACA